AUGUUUCAGAAGCCAGAGAGGGAUGAGUGGGGUAACGGUCUGCAGGCAAUGCAGGUUGCCCUGGAUCUGGAGAAGAAUGUGAACCAGAGUUUGCUGGAUCUACACCAACUUGCCACUGCCCAGACUGACCCUCAUCUGUGUGACUUCCUGGAGACUCACUAUUUGGAUGAGGAGGUUGAGAUCAUCAAGCGACUUGGGGACUACAUCACCAACCUGAAGCGUCUGGGAGCUCCUGAGAAUGGGCUGGGAGAGUACCUAUUUGGCUCACAUCACUGGACUAAAACAUGGGGUUGUUGUAACUAA